AAAGAUUUUAUGUAACGUCAAAUUAACCAAACUUUAUUAGGAAAUCCACUAGACACUCGCUUUUUUGAAAAUAACUGUUGGAAACAGGAAGACCACCACCUUCACCUUUAUAAUCAAGAAACCUUGCUAGUACCAGCUAGAAUGCCGUACUUUCAAGCUUUUCUGAAUGAUAAUCCGAAAAAAGCUUUUGACUCCGUACAAUUAAGACUAAAAAGAGCAAAAGCAUUAAACCAUGAUAUUGCAACUUAUUUUCAGGAUCGUGUUAAGAUCGAAGAAGAUUAUGUUAAAGGACUUCAACGAUUAGCAACAAAAACAUUCGUUGAUAGAAAUAGUUUGGGUACCUUCGCAAAUGUAUGGGAUACUCUUUUCAAUGAACUCCAUGAGAUAAUUAAGAUCCAGACCCAUUUUAUUGACAAAAUAUCAGAGGAAGUAGAAGUUCCAUUACGUGGAAAAGCAACAACUGAUCCAGAAUGGUCAACAUUGAAAAACCAUGAAAGUAAUCUAGGUAAAUUAACACGGGACUAUGAAGAAAAAUUACAAAAAGUUAAUAAGCAUAUUACUAAAAGUAAGUCUAGCAAAAAGGCAGAUGGAAUUGAAACUAAACUUGCUGAAGCACAAAAAGCUUUAGAAGAAACAAAAGCUGAGUUACAAAAGAGUUGGUCAACAUAUCUUGAGAAAACCCAAGCUAUUGAUUUAACACGUUUGGUGAAUUUGAAAGAAACAUUGGCACGCUUUGAAACUAUACAAGAAGAUGUUUGUCAAAGACGUGUUGAGAUGGCUGAAAAAACUUUGGGAACAGUUGUGGAUUUUGAUAUUCAAAAAGAAAUUGAGGAUUUUUGUUCCAAGAAAGGGCUACUCGUUGAAGGAGGAUCUAUAGAUGAAUCAUCAUCAUCUACAGGUACCGUAAAUCAAUUAAAAUCUGCCUUUUCAAUUAAACGUAAAAGAACAAUUUCUCAAAAUUAUUCGGAAGCCACUUUCCAUCCUAAAAUAGAAUCUAUUGACUCUCACAGUGAUGGUUUGAGAAGCCCAUCAAGUGCCUCAUUCAAUAAUGAUACAUCAUCACACCAUGAAGUUUCAGUGCCAAAAGUAGUCGUGGAUUCAGAAGGUUACUCAAUACCUCCACCUGAACCUAAAUGGGAUAAUUUUUCCUCUUCAAAUGAAGAAAAUGAUUCAGAUGCACGAUCAGAGGCUGCGAGUUCAUCGGCUCAGGAUAAGAUGCGUGUUGAGAUUAAGCCAACUGUUGUCCCAGAAAAUGAAGAAGAAGCCGCUGCUGCUAUGUCACUUGUUAUGAAACAUCUCAAUUCAACACCUAAUGCAAAAAAAGGCACGCUUCGUGGUUUAAAAGAUCAAAGGAGAACUACUAUAAUGAGUGCAAAUGAUGAUGACACAAGUACUGCUAAUAGGAGCAGUUUAUUGAAUUCUUCACCAACUUCAUGUGAAUUCCCGGAGACUACCAGUCACCCGAGAGCUGCUUCUGGUUCAGAAACCCAAUCACAUGGAUUGCGGGCUUCAAUUUCCGAAACUGUAAACAUAAUAUCUAAGGAUGGUGAGAUUACGAAAAUACUUAUAACUGGUGAAAUAGGUAUACAAUAUAAUUCAACAAUACGAGAUAAUUCACAUCCAAUCAGGAUUAGAAUUAAGAAUUUUGAAACAUUAGUAAAAUCUGCACCCAAUACAUCAUAUCUUCAUCCUGUACCAGAUUAUGUGGAUCAAUAUGAAAUUAAUCCGGGAUUAUUAGGGGGAACUCCAGUAACUGUAAUGAAAUAUCAAGCACAUAUAGACCCAGAAAGCAAAGAUAAAUAUUUACCGCUUCAAGUGACCCCACAUUGGAAAUGUGAACCCAAUUUAACAUCAUUGGCUGUUUCAUAUCAAGUGAAUUCUGAGUGCAAACUCACUGGAAAACUCUCACAACUUUCCUUUAUAGUACCUGUUGACGGACAGGUUGGAAAUGUACAAUCUAAACCACUUGGAGUAUGGAGUGUAGAGAAGCAGAGUAUGUAUUGGCAAAUUGAUGACAUGGAUCUUUCUAUUCCCCCUGAGCGAAAAAGAAUUUUGGCACGUUUUGAAACAGAAAAAGCAUCUAAUCCGGCGCCUACUGCGGUUAGAUUUUUAUGUAAAGGACAAUUAUUAAGUGAUAUUUCUAUAGAAAUUGUUCCAUCUGCACAAAAUGGAAAUGGUAUAAAGGAACAAGAAAAUAACGAUAAUUCAGAGGAAUUUAAAAGUAAUUUUAAAUUCCAAGAAAUAUCAUGUCAAGUUUCUAGUGGUAAAUUUAUUGCUUUACCAUAAACUUGACAUGAUCGUAAGAGAGAUGUCGUUAUUUUUUUACAUUAUUGUUGUUUUUGUGAUAUUGUAUUUGUAUCGUUUUUACUCAUUAUAGACUCUUGCAUAGACACAUUAUUAUUUAUCAUACUUCAUUUAGGAUAAAAA